CGUUUGUUUUGAACUCAUGCGGCGAAUUUUCAAAUGAAAUUAUGGCGGUUUUAAAUUUCAGGCCGUUAACAAUAUUAAUAAAUUUAAUAUUGAUAAUUGUUCCAGCAAACAGCUCCAAAUUGAAUGUGCCACGAGUGUUAUUACCAAUAUUUAAUGACUUUUCUACAACUUUUACUUUGGAAGCAACAGAAGGCGGUUGCUAUAAAUGGAGUACAACAAGAAACGAUAUCAUACAACUAACUCCUUUAGAUGAAGAGCCAGAACUGCAAUGCUCCACAAAAGUUGUUGUCAGUACUGUCACUAAAGAGGCAGCCCGAAAUAUGGCUGUUGUUUUGGCAGAGGACGUCCACACAAAGCAAAUGCUUAGAUGUGAUGUAAUGGUUGAUGUGAUUCAUGACUUAUUAAUAUCGACCACAACUCGAGAACUUUUCAUGGAAGAAGCACCAGAGGAUUUUGAAGUAAAAGCUUUUGACGAUCAAGGAAAUGAAUUUUCAACACUAGAAGGUGUAGAAUUUGACUGGAAUAUAGUUUCACUUGGACCUAAUAAGGACACAGUUCUACGAUACAUCACAUUUAGGGAUUCUCCAUAUGAAACACCCCAUGCUAUAGCAAAUCUAGAAAAUGAAGGAAAAAAGGGGUACUCUAUAUUGCUAGAAGGGGUGAAAAGUGGAUCAGCUAAAGUUACCGUCCGCUUACCAUACCCUGAAUACAAACAUGUUGAUACAAAUGAGGUUCAGUUGAUGAUUGUUGCAAAUUUACUGAUCACGCCUCCAGAAGUAUAUGUUAUGCAAGGAGAUACGGUACCUUUUAAGAUUUAUUUUUUGAAAAAUGGGCGUAUGGAAGAAAUUGUUUUACCUGAUCUCCAGUAUUAUCUUGAAGCAGAAGAUAUGGAAAUUGGUUCAUCCAACAAAAAAACUGGCAAUAUUACAGCACUCAAAGAAGGUGACACUCGUAUUGUCCUGCGAGAUAGAAAUGUUGGUGUAAACGAUCCUCUGAUGAAAUUACCUGCAGCAAAUUUUCAUGUUGUUAAACCUGAUUAUUUGGUAUUGAAUAUUUUACCUCACAGAAAUUGGGCUGUUUUGGUUGGCGAUCAUCAUGACAUUGUGGCAGACUUGUACUCAAGUUCGGAUCACAAACUUUAUGUUGGAGGAUCAGUUAAUAUAUACAUGGAAGUUUCUCCGGAAUUCCUAGUUAAUUCUCGGUCACCCAAUGGUAGCUGGUUAACAGGUUAUGGAAUAAAAUCGGGAAUAGCCACAGUACAAGCUUCUUUGGAUGGUGUAUUCAAUGAAAAAACUGGCAAAGUAAGGUUUGACAAACCAGUCACUGCCAAAGCUGAUUUAAUGAUUUACCCUCGAAUCACCAUCACCCCCUCUGAGGUUAUACUUCCUUGGGACCCAUUAACGAGGCCAAAAUAUGCUAUUGAUUUGAUCGCUAAAGGUGGAGAUGGAAGAUUUCUCUGGUCUAGCAGUGACCACAGUAUUGGUAUGGUUAGUCAAACGGGUCAUGUAAAAACCCAUAGCAAUGGUUUCUUUGAGGUGUCUGCUGUAAUGUUACGUAAUCAUCACAAUCGACAAUCUACCAAGUUUAUUAUUUUGCCUCCAUCACGCCUUGAAAUAGUUGAAUUUGUUAUGGAAGCAGAAGUUGGAGCUCCAGUUUAUUUGCAUAUUGCUCUCUAUGCAGAACAAGAAAAAGAUGGUACAACCAUUCAGCUGCCAUUUACUAAAUGCCAAGAAUUACCCUUUCACAUUAAGCAGUCAGAUGCAAAAUUUAGACAAAAUAAGACUGCAGUACUACCUCCUGUUGGGAUAUCAUGUGGAAAUAUUGCUAUGACUGCUUUGGAUGUAGGAACCAGCAAGGUCACUGUCACAUACUUUCAAAAUGGCAAAGCCCUAGAAGACUCCGUCACAGUAAGUGCAUACAAAACAUUGAAUCGAUUAGAGCCCAAGGGAGAAGUCGUGCUUGCUGUAGGAACAUCCAUCAAUUUAGUCUUUGUUGGAGGUCCCAGACCUAUCUUAGGUCGGUUAUCUGACCAUCAAAGAAUUAUAGUCAGCGAAGACGAAAGCAUAGCUCUAGCAUAUGAUAUUACCCAAUUCCAUAUGAUGCCCAGAGAAGACCAUAGCAUAGUUCAAGUUUUUUGCAAAAAACUUGGAGAAACCGACGUCAAACUGAUGAUCUCUAAUACACCCGAAGUUUCAAAUUGUAAAACUAAAACGAGCAGUAUCAUUACAAGAGUUACUUGUGGAAAACCUAGAAAAAUUACUCUUCAACCAGAGUUGAGAAUAGCCGAUGUUGAUGGGUGUCCCAUGGAUUUGAGUUCUGGUAAUGUGGUGGUGCAAAGCACAAAGAACAUAGACAUUGAUGUAACUGUCUACGAUGACUGUGGCAACAAAUUUUUGAAUAUAACCAGCUUUUAUUUGGAUUGGAAAAUAGAUCCCGCAGGCAGUGGAGUGGUCCUUAGUAAUACUGGAGUGUUUCCAAGGAACAUAACCAUAGGUGAUGUUCCUGUCGGUAAUAAAUUCCAUCAGACCCUUCAACCAUCAUUAGACAAAGGUAGUUUGGUACUUAAUGUUACAAUUCGAGGCUACAACCCAUCCGUUUUGCAUAAACAUCAUGUCACAGCGGAAUCUCCACCAUUCAUAUCUGCAGAAGACAAAGGCGUAGAUCUUCCUCCUAUUACCGCAACUCUUUCUCUGUUUCUUGUUGAGGAUACCAUUGUGUCUCCUAAUCUUGUAACAAUAUUCAACCAUCCCGGCAACAGAGUAACAGUUCCAGUAAAACAAGGAUCAGGAUAUUUUGAAAUGGCAUUAAGCUCAGAUGAUAUAGCUCUCAUCAAAUACUCGGAAAGUACUAAAGAAAUAGAAAUCAGUCCUCUGAAAUCCGGGGAACUCACAAUACAGCUUAUUGACUUGUGUCUUGUUUCGAGGCCAGCAACACUUAUUGUUAAUGUUGUUUCUGUUGGUAUUGUUCGAGUCGAAAUGCCUGACAAAGUUGAAGUCGGAAAAUGCAUACCAGCGAUUGUGAGACUGUAUGAUGAAAAUGAUAAUUUGAUGGAUAGUCCUGAGUAUGGAAUGAUCGAUUUACAACCUGAAUUUGAAAAUAAAAUAGCCAAUAUACAGUUGGCAGAGAGAAGUCCAACCAAUCCCUGGGGAGUUGGUGAAGUACACUUCAUUAUCACAGGAGUGGAAAUAGGUGAAACCAAACUUGUAUUCUCCGUUGCUGGCGGUGAUGAAGAAGUGACAAGUGCGCCUAUUGAUUUGCAGGUUUUCGAACCUCUUAGACUGUCUCCAAGAAAUGGGUCAAUCCUUGUUGGUUCCAUGAUACAGUUGGCAAUUAAAGGUGGACCAUACCCUGAUACAAAUGUUAUUUUUGCAGUAGCCUCUUCAAAAAUAGCAACCGUUUCCGAAAAGGGGCUCAUAAGAGGAAAAUCGAUAGGUCUAACUAAAAUUACUGCUCAAGCAGUGGGAAUUCACCCUUCUACUGGACAAAAGGUUAUAUAUUCAGAAGAUACAGUGGAAAUUCAAAUUGUUCAACUGCAAGCUUUAAAAAUCGUGUCAUCCCUACUCAGAUUCAAAGUGGGAGCCACAGUACCUUUUUGGUGUGUUGGUGUACCUGACAUAUCUCCCAUGAUUCUUGGAUCAUUGGAAGAUCCUCCAAUACUUUUCAAGUGGACUGUUGAUGACAAAUUACUUGUAGAUCUGAGUGGAGUCUUUCACCCAAUAGGGGUAUUCAAGAAAAAAACUGACCGGGUAGCUGCAAAGGUUCUCGGUUUGGUACCAGGAAAAACAAGACUAUUUGUCAAUGCUACAGUGCCUGGUCCAACUCUCAACAUUCAGAAUAUUGAAACAGUUAUGUUAUCUGCUUGGAUUGACAUUGAAGUUAUUCAAUCAUUCUCGUUUGUGUUUCCCAAAAAUUUUCUCGGAAAUUCACUGCUUAUGGCUCCGUUCUCAGAGGUACAAUUAGAAACUAAUAUGGAUAGUACUUCAUCAAAAGUAACAUAUUUCUUACCAGGAGACAAAGCACCUUCUACUGAACUACUUGCUGAUAAAUCUAUAACGUCCGAUAUUAUUGUUACCGUCACACCUACAGGUUUACUGCAGUCUUAUGGUGUUCUUGGUCAUGCACUCCUUAUGGCCACAACCACCGAUGAGCAGGGCCUCAAGCAGUACUUAUCAAUAGUCGUUGAAGUGAAACCGAUCCAGUAUAUGAAUCUGAAAGUUAUUGCCAAUUGGCGCAUACACUCUGAUAGUCCUCUCAGGACUCUGCCACUAGGUACCGAAUUUCAACUGAAGGCCACCUUUCAUGAUAAUAUAGGAAAUACAUUCCAUGGAGGCCCUAAACACUUGAAAGUUAGAACCAGUAGGUGUGAUUUGGUAAAAGUAACCGAAGGUAGUGAGGAUGCAUCUGUUUGGAUUUAUACUAAAAAAGAAGGGAAUACGAUGUUGAAAGCAUGGGCAGAAGGUAUCCAAAAAACAGCAGACUACGUGAAAAUUAAUGUUGAACAAUCAGUGAGACCGAUUCUUAGUCGAUUGACAACUGGGGAUGUGAUAUGUUUGUGGACUCCUGUAGUUACGGAAUAUAAUGCACCUGGAACUUGGAAGAGCAGUGACAUCACUUUAAUGCACAUCAAUCCAGCUCUUGACAUAGGAUUUGUUGGAAAUAAAGAAGGAGUUGUUAUUUUGACACAUUCUCUAUUACAAUCUGCUCCUAUUCAUAUCCAGAUAGACCCAGUGAGUGAGAUAGAAAUUUUGGAAGAUCCGAAUUUGAUAUUAACAAAUGGCAUUGAAAACAGUGUGGUCAGAGUCAUUCUAGUCUUGCAGAGUCAAGAGACAAUUGGCAUCAAAACUAAUAACCUGAUACAAGGCUGGAGGUGUAGAACUGAUGUUCGAAAGUUGAUAAGACCUCAUGGAUUCAGAUGCUUCAUACAAUUCUCUAAUGAUACACUGCCUAUUACUAUUGACCAACUAUUUAAUGUAACCAACAGUUGGGUACCUGAAUCAGGUCAGUAUGCAUGCAAACUGAUUAAUUUGGGAGUAAGUGGAAUGGACAUAUCUGUAUUGAGAACCAACUUGUUACUCUGGGCCUCUACUGAAGAUGGUGAAAUCACAUCAAAGCAACUCAAUAUAAAGUUUUUACCCGGUGUUUUUACACCUCCUGAAGUCACUUUGGCAGAAAAUGUUUUUACAGGUGAAGUCACAGUCAUAGGACUACCAGAAGUGCUUGAUCAAAUAGAGGUGUAUCCAGCUGAUACAAGUAUCCUCUAUGUCAGCAAAGGUAAAUCUGUUAAUGAAACUUCCAGAAAAUAUGAAAUCCAGUUGGUUGAUUAUCACUGGAGACUGGCAGACAUUCAAGAAGCUAUGGGUAUCAUUAUAUCAUCACCAUCAACCAAACAGCAUUUAAAGGUUAUUGUCAAAGUCACUGGAAAUUUAGAAAAACAACUUUGUUCGGUGGGCAGGUCUCCAGUGUUCCUGUUCUUACAGAACUACAAAUAUGCAAUAGCUAUGGCAAUUGCUAUGAUGAUAAUUUUCUUCCUUACAUUUUACUUUUAUUCAAACUAUAUGCAGCCGGUAGUAAAUGUCAAUGUCAAUCCGAGUAGAUUAUUGACUCCCACCCAAACAUUUACUCCAAGUCAAACUUCCCAUCGGUGUGCUGCAAACUUAUCUGCUAACAUGACAAGAAUAACUCCAACCAUCUCCCCAAACACUCCUAAUCGCAGCCAAACGUCCUGCAGAUUCAAUUGUUCUUGUUGUGGAAACACCAGUGGAAGGGAACCAAUAUAUGGAGAUGCAAGCUCUUUUUAUAAUAGUCCUGAAAUUCGGAGGAACAGAAGGUUGAAUUAAAUGUGGGGGACAUGAUAUUUUACUGCAAAAUUCAUUAUUGUUUUUUUUUUACAAGACUGCAAAUAAGAACUCAGGUUUAUAUAUGUACAUAAUACCAUCUCAUUGUAAUAUAAUUUAAAAAAUUCCAUAAUGCAAUUAAAUGCCUUUCACCAUAA